AUGCAAUUUCACUCUAUCCCAGCUACGGCCACACAGGACCCAUGUACAACAUACCGGGAUAUUUCUGAGCCUCAUCGGAGUGUGGCGUUUAUCCCGGAAGGAACGGAUAGACUUAUUUGUGACCGUGCUCUGAUACCCGCCUGGUACAGGUUUAGCAAUGGAGAUAUGCCAACAUCAUGUGUCCCGUCGUAUCACUGCGGCACUAACGCUCCUAUUUGGUACGACGGUAGCCUGCCCACUGCAGCCGACGGUAUUGUUAAUGGAAAAGCUUGUAUCAAUUUCGGACAGGCUACUAGCGCAGCUGCUUACGGCGGAACUUCGUGCUGUCAUCACUCCCUCCCGAUCCAGGUUAAGAACUGUGGCGGCUUCAACGUUUACCAUCUUACCAGGACACCGGCCUGUUUUAUGGCUUAUUGUGCAGGAAACCAGCAUGUGUGUCCAAUUGGACAAACCAAUAUUGGUGCCAAUAGAUGCACGGACCUCUAUCCUAAGAUGGUAAAUUUCCCUACCUUGGGCCAACCAUACAUAGACCAGAAUAACCAUGUCCAGUUUCCAUGCCACAUUCUGUACCCGAAAGGUGAGCCUGAUGUAGGAUUUGAUGUGACGUGGACGGCAGAUGGACAAACUAUCGUGGAUCCGAACACGAACGCACCGGUGGUAACCAAACUGACCGGAGACAACAGGGACGCUUUACUGGAUGGUAUACAUAUGGAGGGCCACAUGGGCAAAACACUGAAGUGUAAUGUGACGUCAUACCAUUUAUCAACCCCUGGUAUUAAAAGCGAUUCCCUCAGCAGUAAUGGAUUUUGGGCUGGAAUAAGGGCCUCCAGCAAUGCUAUUAUCGCCGACGAGAAAGGAACCGAGCAGGAAGUUACCCUGGAGUCUACUGUACCCAUCCCCUGUAAUGAUCCACAUAAACAAGCAUGUGACGUGCAAGUCGAGAUGAUGUCAUCGAAAGACCCAUUCGACGUUUCCACUUCAUCGUGUACAUACCCCUUAAGAUACGACAACGCAAGUCACACUUACAAAGCCACAAUCAAGGUCACGGCCACUCGUGACUUCGUCAAGGACGGUGACCAGAUUCACGAGCUCGCAUUCCGUCCUCUUCUCACGUGGACGAAUCCAAUGUUCAAUGGUUAUAACAUCAAUCCUAUACAGGUUACAUCAAAGGACAGACCACAUGCCCUCUGCAGUGCUUCCGGUGAUCCACAUUUCAGACAGAUAGACCGUAGAGGCCGAAUGGAUGUUUAUGAAGUGGGAGAUUUCGUCAUGUACAAAAGUUCCACCAGACCAUUUGAGAUCCACAUCAGAACUUGGUCUUGUGGCAAAUUUCACCCUUGUAUCUGCGCAAUCACAGCAAGGGAGAACAAUGAUGUAGUUUCUAUAGAUAUGUGUGAGAAACGAAAGAACCAAAUCGCUGCCCCAGACGUGAAGGUCCUAUCCAAUGGACCACUACAUAGUAUGACUAUCGACAGGGAUAAAUCAGGGAAAAACUUUUUCUUAAACUUUGCAUCUGGCGCACGUCUGUCAGUUGGAGCGCAUGUUGCUAAAGUUAACCAUGGACGCGAGCUUGACGGUCACAUGAGUGUGUCACUACAGGCUCCUACAGAUGACAUGGAGAAAUCAGAAGGUCUUUGUGGAACAUUUGAUGGCGUGGAUGCCAACGAUCUUCAGGGAGGAGAUAAUCACGUUUACGACACCCACCAUAUCGGAGACUUUGCCCACUCAUGGCUUCUUAAGCCGGGUACAAGCAUGUUCGAUUCCUUGCCACUAUUUAACGCACGUUAUGAACGUCCCGAAGUCUUUUGUAAAUGCGACCAUUCACGAGCUGACUGUACAAAGGCCAAGGGCAACAACCCUAGUAAACAGAAUUGCAAUGGUAAAUGUACCACGGUCAAUGUUCAAGGCGGUACGCAUCCUCGUGAUCUCGACUACCCAUUUGAGACUCCAGUUAAGCGAAAUUUCAAUUCAGUUCACAUUCCGAGGAGGAGAUCAUUCCCAACCCCUAGCGGAAUCACACAGACAAUGGCUACAACGGCCUGUACGAACGCAAUCCACAGCGCUUCACUUUACACGCGGUGUCAGUCUGUCCUUCCGUCCGAAAUUUCUCAGCAUUAUAUUGACGCUUGUGUGGAAGAUAUGAUGUUUGCAGAUGGAGAUGAAUUCAACAUUGCCCACAUGACCUCUUUCGAUGUCGAAUGUCAAGACGCUGUCCUCCGAAAUGUUUCGAAUUAUUCCGUCGGACCCAACCGUGAGAGAAUCCCACCCACUGACGUCACUAUUCACAUGUGUCCAAACCAAUGUAGCAGACGUGGAACCUGUCACGAGGGUCUAUGUGCUUGUCAAGCCGGUUAUACUGGCGUUGAUUGUUCAGUCCCAGUAGGUGUCGCCCCGGUUGUCAGCCAUUUUCGUGGAGACGGGGUAUGUAGUAUCAGAGACAGGGCCUGUAGGAAAGUUCAGGUGAUAGCACAACAUCUCAUGGAUGUUCCAGAACUGAAGUGCCGCUACCAAGCUGCGGAGGUUCACAAUGGAGGUCUCCAUCCAUACGGAUCUGUCAUUGUGACACCGGCAAAGUUCAUCAGUUUUCUUGAAGUCGAGUGUUCUCUGCCACAAAAUGGUGUUUCCACCAAGGAUAGCAUUGCAGAUGCAUUCAUAGUGUCUGUGACAACUGACGGAAAAGCAUAUAGUGCUCCACAGCCCUUUGUAGUGUAUGAUGGCGCUUGUCAAGUCUGUGACGUCAAUGGCAACUGUACAAUGAAGGGCAACUCAUGUCUGAUAGAAAAUGAAUGCAAAGCCGCUGGCGAGCAAAAUUCUGACCAUACCGCCUACUGUUCCCCAUCAACUGACCCCCACAGCUGGACAUCGGACGCCACCUUGACAGAGAUAAAUCACUACACGGCGUCAAGAUCUGGAUGUCAGUGUGGAUUUGAUAAAACUCGAUUUGAUUGUGCCUGCUGCAGAAAUGAAGGUUGUCAGUGUGGAGACGCACGACCAAACUUAUGUACCAACUGUGAAAAUAUAGACUUCUGUGCAACCUAUCCCGAUAUUAUUGAAUAA